UAUACUUGAAUCUGAAGGCAUAUUAGAAAAAAGACAAUCCGACCACCUCCAGAGAGACUCGCCCAAUCGUCCCAAAAAUUCCUGACCAAUAAUGGGAGGCUGUGCGAGCAGACCCAAGGAGUUUGACACCCCUGUCGAGGCUCCUGCCAGCCCUGAGAAGGCUCAGCUUGAGACCGCCGCUCAGGAGAACACUGAUGGAGGUGAGCAUCAGAAUGAACAACCUUUGGUAGAUCUUUCUGAACCAGAAAAGGAGGCUCAAAACUCGUCCUCUGACUCAAAUGCUGCUACUGCUGCCGACUUAGUUUCUGCAGAGACUGCCAAGCCAGCAGAGGACGACGUUAAAGCCGCUGCCAAUAAUGCUGAGCAUGAGGUUGAGGCUACCCAAGCUGACAAAUCAAUAGCUGCCCCAAGCAAGGAAGAAGAUAAAAAUGAUGCACCUCUCGUCACUCUGUGAUCGCGGAUAGUUUUCCGCAGAAACCAGAGCCUAGCGGGUUCAUCAUACUUCAAAAAUUGUUAUCUGGAAGGUUGGAUUGUAUUUGUAUCACCCUCGUGUAUUGAGGUUCGUGGUCAGCUUCAUUGCUACCACUGCUGGGACGUUUGUAACAAUUAAAAUCGGAUCAUGUCCAUACAUAACAUGAUCAAUAAGGUGGUAAAUAAAUUAUUGUUACUAUACUCUUAUUAUAA